AUGACCACGGCAGACACCGACAUCUCUGACGAGUUACUUGAGCCGGCGCUCUAUUUCACCAAGGGCGCAGGACACAUCAACCCUAACAAAGCUGUUGAUCUCGCUCUUAUUUACGACAUCAUCGACAAUGACUACGUCUCCUACAUCUGCGGUAAAUUUGGCGAAGAAGGCGCAAGAAAUAUAGCACGCGAAGUUGUGGAUUGCUCAAAGAGUGUGCCAGAAGAGGAGCUCAACUACCCAUCAAUUCUACUGGCCCCCAAAGGCAGCGCGACGUCCAAAGUAACCCGAAUGAUCAUAAAUGUCGGACCGGUGAGAUCGAGCUACACAGUGUCGUUGACCAUAUCGGAGACUUCCGUGUCAGCUACUAUCACCCCCAAGACGCUGACAUUCACAGAGUUGAACGAGAAGAAGUCGUUCACCGUGAGCGCGGAAUGGAGUGUCGAUGGACCUCCCACUUCUGGUAAUCUAUUCGUGGAGGGAAAGUUGACUUGGACCUCCGAUGAUGGUAUAUAUGUGGUGACCAGCCCAUUUGUCGUCUCCGCCCUAGAGUACUCAUACUGA